GUUCACACACAAAUUGAUACAAACCUCUGAACAGGCUGGCUGGAGGAAUAAGCAGGAUUCUGGAGCUGUAAAAUGUUUUUGCCAAAAAGUGAGUAAGGGAGGAGAAACGGCAGCAAAAUCAAGCAGGCAGAGACUUCACUGCAGCUGGAUGAGUUGCUUGCUUUGUUCCAAGAAGCCAAACUGCUGAACAUCUCCUGGCUAAUAUUAAAUGACAACUGAAGAGAGCAGCGUUGUCCUGGAAAUGUGUGUGCUGUGUCUUUAAGACUGUCUUGCGGGUAAAUUAGGUCUCUCAGUAGCCCUGCACGUGGCAAAAAAAAUUUUUUUUAGAGAGAGAGAAGGGGGUGGAAAGAAAUCACGUUGAAUUUCUUUUUUUUUCUGGGUCAUGCCUUUGGCACCCUCUUUAUUUCUCUCUCUUUACUUAAAUGAGACAAAGCUACUUCAGUUUGGAGCACAAACAUAUGAUCAGCACAUGGAAAUGUGGUAAUCUGGAUGCAGACAUGAUUGCAACCAAUUGAAGAAAUUAAACUAAAAAGCCUUUCUGAAGAGGAAAGAGAGGGCAGCAGUCAGAGUGGUUAAGUCCAAUUUGGGACACUCGGAUGCUAACUGUAUCAUAGAGUCAUGGAAAGGGACCGGAUUACAGCUCUGAAGAGAUCCUUUGAAGUUGAGGAAGUAGAUCAGUCAUCAAAUUCUUCCACUCCUCAAAGACGGACACCCAAUCCUCUUGUUAGGUCCACAGUAUCCAGCUCUACCCAGAAAUUCCAAGAUCUUGGUACCAGGAAUUCUGAGUCCCCUUCCAGACAUGUGGAGUCUCCUGCAUCAAGGUCGCCUAAAUCCUCUCUGAGGAGAGUUGAUCCUUCUGGACCAAAACAUCCUGAGCCAGUGUCCAGAAGAACAGAAAUCUCCAUUGAUAUUUCAUCUAAGCAAGUGGAGAACUCCACAUCAGGAGCAUCAAGAUUUGGCCUCAAGAGAGCAGAUGUGUCAGGGCAUAAGCCUCCUGAGACUGCUACAAGAAGGACUGAGAUCAAUAUAGGCAAACCCCAAGAUCAAGUACUUCGCAGAAUGGAAGUUCCCUCAAAGAUCCCUGAGCCGACACAACGGAGAGUUGAAGCCAAUAGUCCACCUGUGCCAGAUAUUGCCACCAAACGUGUGGAAAUCCAGGUACCAAAAUCUUCAGAGGUUCCACUGCAACCAGUUAGACAGAUUGAAAAUGUGGAGAUUUUCCAAACCAAUCAGCACCUGCCACCAGAACCAAAGCUUCAGUCAGCAAUGGCUGAGAUUCCACCCAAAAGCAAAGAAGAGGCUAUUCCCAGCUACCCAGGCAGCAUGACAGACACCCCUCGAGAUGCUGCCCUCAAGCAAGUUGCACCAGCACGACCAGAGAAACCAAUGGCUGACUUUGGCUACGUUGGGAUCGAUGCCAUCCUUGAGCAGAUGCGGAGGAAAGCCAUGAAGCAAGGGUUUGAGUUCAACAUAAUGGUAGUCGGUCAGAGUGGCCUGGGAAAAUCUACCCUAAUCAACACCCUCUUCAAAUCAAAAAUCAGCCGCAAAUCUGUGCAGCCCACUUCUGAAGAGCGUAUUCCCAAGACAAUAGAAAUCAAGUCCAUCACACAUGAUAUUGAGGAAAAAGGUGUCCGUAUGAAACUGACUGUCAUUGACACCCCAGGUUUUGGAGACCACAUCAACAAUGAGAACUGUUGGCAACCCAUUAUGAAGUUCAUCAAUGACCAGUAUGAGAAAUACCUUCAGGAGGAGCUCAAUAUUAACCGGAAGAAGCGGAUACCAGAUACCAGGGUCCACUGCUGCAUAUACUUCAUCCCUGCUACCGGUCACUCCCUCCGGCCGCUGGACAUUGAAUUCAUGAGGCGUCUGAGCAAAGUGGUCAACAUUGUGCCUGUCAUCGCCAAAGCAGACACAUUAACACUAGAGGAGAGGGACUACUUCAAACAAAGGAUCACAGCAGAUCUCCUUGCCAAUGGCAUUGAUGUCUAUCCACAAAAACAGUUUGAUGAGGACUCUGAAGACAGGCUAAUAAAUGAGAAAUUUAGAGAAAUGAUUCCUUUUGCCGUGGUGGGCAGUGAUCAGGAAUACCAGAUUAAUGGCCGACGAAUUCUGGGAAGGAAAACGAAAUGGGGAACAAUUGAAGUUGAGAAUACAACCCAUUGCGAAUUUGCUUACUUGCGGGAUCUUCUGAUCAGGACACACAUGCAAAACAUCAAGGACAUAACCAGCAGCAUCCAUUUUGAAGCCUACAGAGUCAGACGUUUGAACGAAAGCCAGAACAUGCUCUCCAACGGUGUGGCUGACAAGGAGGACUUGGUGGCCAAUGAAAUGUAAUGCUCACGACAUAGAUAGGACCCAGAUAUCUCUCCCUCCCAUUCUGUUUUCUCUCUUAAAAAUACGUAUAUAUGUAUAUAUAUAACCCCUCUGCUGGUGCCAUUGUUCUGCCCCUUCCCUAUCAUUGAUAUCCACGCUGCUGAAUCUAACUGACCAAAUAACAAUUUUUUUUCCUGUAACAAAUGUAGCGUCUCACUCUUUGCCAGCCUUUGUGGUGUGAAACAUCUAUUCUGUGCGUCCAUGUAGUGAGCAGUUGGGUGUAGUAAUGGGUGACCAAACCACUGAAGAGAGAUGGGGGGGGGGGUGGCGGCUGAGCCAUAACCUCAGCUGAAAAAUCUCGGCCAGCUUUUAUGUUCAACCGUGGCCACUCCACCCACCCCCACCUCUGGGACAGAUCUGUUAUAUGAUAGGCCAGCACUCUUCUCCCGGAGGUCAGUGAAGGAGGGACUCCCAUUGGUGGUACCCCCUUCAUGCUCUUGAAAGCCAAGAUAAAGCCUCCUUACAAAACAGGCUGGCUUCUUGUAAAUUCGUCUACUGGAAUUUUCACAUACCUCAGUCUGUUGGGCAUGGCCUGAGAUGUUUGCCUGGCCAUUGUGUUGCAGCCAGCAUAAGUAGACCCUGGCUGCUAAAGAGAGAGGGAGCACCACAUAUCCUGUCCACUAAGAGCUCAGUCAUAUCAAGAUCAUCCCAAAAGUUUGCUCUGAAUGAGGAGGUCCUCUUUAGCACUCAACUUGGGCAGGCCUGGAAAAUCUCUGCUGGAUGUGCCAUAGGUUUUUUUUCCACACUGAGGGGGAGGGGGAGUUGGAAGGGAGCCCAUGCCUGCUGCCUUGAUUUCAGUGAUUCAGGUCAAUAGAGAUGUUUCUGAGCCACUUGACUGGCCUAGUGCCAAAGCUUUACUGUGUUUUAUAGGGGUGUUUGUGUGUGUGUAUGUGUGAUUUCCUUCCCCAACUCCAACCCUUUUGGGUUCAGAAUUUUCUGUCACGAAGUGAAAAGUGUCGAGAGUGGCGCGAGAGAUAAAUUAUGAUUGUAUGGCACAUUUCUGUUCCACACUAUGCAUAAUUUACCCCUGAAUCAUUUAGUUCCAGUCUCCUUUCAAAAAAAGCCAGCAAUAGCAGGGAGGCAGUUUGCUUACUAGGGAAGAGCGGGGUUGUGUGUGUGUGUGGGGGGGGGGUGCUCUUGUAGGAUAAAUACAGCAAUCAUCAUGAGGAGCUGCUCUUCCAUGACCGUUUUCUAUUCUUCAGGGCUGGAGUCACUAACUCUGCUACCUUCCUAGAAGUUCAUGCAAUGUGUUUGACUUAGAUUUCUCUUCAAAUGAUUGGGGUAUGUUUGUGUGUAGCUGAGGCAGAAGAUCUCUGCAAGCCCGAAUGAAGAAGGCUCCAGUGAUUUGAAAUACUAUGUUAAUUUUGGAUAAGCCUACAAAGGCUCUUUGGCUAGGCUAAUUUUUUUUUCAUUGUGCAAUUUCUGGGUGUCACUGUGACUACAAUUCCCCAGACGUUCAUGUCUAGACAGGUCAUGCAUGUUCAUCUCCAUAUGAAAUGCCACAAUGUGUAUAAAAAAGAUGAGUCUAGUAUUUGCACACCGUCCGUCCCUAACAGUGGAGGAAAACUGCAUUUUUCUCAGCAUGGAGCUGAUGUAAAUUUCUUAAAGAGACAGAAGCCCUGUUUGGAAUAGUUUUAUCUGAUUGAUAUAGUCAGUAGGUCCUAGGUUUUCUUAGCUUUCUGUUCUGUGGAACACAAUGUUUGAUGUCCAGCUCCAUAGAACAUUUGUGUCAUAUGCUGAUUCAUGUGUACCCUCUUUGCAAAAAUAGAAAACUCUGGGCAUGCUGCCCUCUUGUGGGGCCCUCAAAAAUGUACUGAUUCCUAGCAUUCAUAAAAGACAAACUUGAGUGUUUAUGUUGCUUGUACAAAUGACUCAAUCAUAGCUGUCAAAAUAUUCCUAAGGGUGGAUGUUUCACACUCUAAAGUACCUCAGUGGGAUGAUGGCGCAUGGCCCCUUCUUCUUGCAAGGUGUUCAUGAUACCAGCAUGUGAACCUAUAUCCUUCCAAGACUUUCUGUGACCUUUGCUAGUUUUCACACUGCUCUCUACAAUUGCUUCCCACCCCAUAAAUAGAAGCUAUCAGGCAUCUUUUAAAAAAAAUUCACAGUCCAGCAAACAUACCCAUGAACAUUUUUUGAUUCAAGACUUCCACACAUUCUUGCCUAGCUAUCUUUUGUGUUCUCCCUCUCAAACUGAAAAAUGUAGGAAUCUUUACGGAGCUGUGUUAAGCUGAGGAAAAUUAUUUUUGUUACAUGCUGACUUGCUAUAUUUUAGCAAAAUAAAAAAUUGUGUAUUAACUAAAUAUAUAUAUAUAUUUCAAGUGUUUAAAAGAUUAUGAAAAGGGUGCGGGGGGAUUCACUUUAGCAAAACUUUAUUGCAUCCAGUAUCUCAACCAGCAAAAGCAAGACAAAGAUGCUUUCUCCUCUUAUAUUGUACGUUUUCUGAGGAAAAGGUUUUACCAAACAAAACUAAAACAGUCAGCUGAAUCUAUAAAAAUGGCCUAUUGGUGGGUUGUAUGCAUUAUGACAAAUUUAGUCCUGUUUUUGUAUAAAUAAUAGUGUUUAAUAUGUAUUUCCCAAAAAUAAAUGUUUCGAAUGGAAA